CAGCCGGGGCAGGCUGGCCCCAGCACAGGCAGCUCAGCCACGGCCACAGCCCAGCAUGGGGACAGCAGCCGGGGUGGUCUGUGCCCUCCUCAUCCUCUCCUCGCUGUGCUGGCACAGCCGGGCUCAGAGAGCUCCAGCCAUGCCCGACAAGUGCUGCUUCAACUUCCAGACCAGGAGGAUCAAGAGGGACAACGUGGUGGCCUGUUACCCCACCAGCCCCGAGUGCCCGCACCAGGCCGUGAUCUUCAGGGUGAGGAAUGGGAAGGAGAUCUGCACACAGGCCAGCAGGGCGUGGGUCAAGAGGUACCAGCAGAGCUUCCAGGUCAGCUCCUUCUCCAUCCCCAGCUAGCGGGGUGACUCCUCCCCAUGGGGGACACCUCCGAGGCAGAGGGGACACCUCUGGAUGGAGCAGCUCACAGGGGACAUCCUCCCCAUCACGACGACCCUCGCCACCUCCCCGAAGGCAAAGGUGCCAACCCACCAGGACAGAGUGCCCAGGGCUCUGUGGUCCAUGGAGAGGCUGCAGCAGGCGGGGCGUGAAGGGGGAGCAGCCCCACUGCUGUUUUCAAUAGAAUUAAAUGCAAUUUCCACACACAAACAUCUGUCUGUG